CCUGUGUUGCACUUUAUCCCUUAUAGUGUAAGCGGAUAUACUCUCUCCGCCUGGCUUCGAUAUAUUGAGAAAAUGAUACGGAACAUCCGGCCUCACAGUAAGUCGAGGAAAGGAUGUCUCAACUGCAAGGUUAGACGUGUCAAGUGCGACGAAUCGAAACCCAUGUGCUCGGCUUGCGCUCGACGAAGCGAUGAAUGCGUCUACUCAUCACGGAUGCAUCGGACAUCAAGCACAGAGGGUUCCGAUCAAAUGACAUUCCCUUCCCGCACUAUCCCCCUCAUAAGGGCCAGUGAACUUGCCUUCGACAUUCACCACCACGGACCUCGACUUUUCGACUACGGCAGCAAGCACUUGAUGCAGCUCCGUCUCAUGCAUCAUUACGGCACCACUACUGUGAAAUCCUUUGCUGUGGCUUUCCAGCUUCAGGAACGGCUGGUCCAGACCCUGCAGAUAGACAUCCCUUCCUUCGCCUUCAAGCAUUCGUUCCUCUUGGACACAGUAUUCCUCGUGGCUAUGAUUCACAUGGCAAGCAUAGAACCUCAGUCAGUCAACGUGCUCGAUGUGGCCAGGUAUCGAGAUCAAGCUAUCUGCGCCGUUCGCGCGGCACUCGCUAGCAUCUCAGACGAGAAUAUGCGCGCCAUCCGUAUGUCGUCCCUAUUACUAGGAGUCACAUCCUUUGCCGCCGACCGGGCUAUGGGCUACUCGGGAAUAUGGCUCACCAAUUACUUGGCUCUGAACAUCGGCUCACGCACGUUUAUGCCACACGAGACCGGUGAUCAAGCCGACACGCAUGCCGGUGAUAUGCAGCUUGGCGACCCAACGUGCAAUUUUGGAAAUUUCCAGACCCUUUCAUCAAUUCCACUGGGCCUCCAAAUGGCUCUUCAAAUUAAUGAACAAGAAGAUGAUUGGGCAUAUUACGAUGACCUCUAUCGGGCAGCAUCCGGCAUUGGAAAACUGUUUGAUUCACUACACCGACCGCAUACAAGAUUGUCGAUGGCAUUCGAGAUCAAAUCUUGGCCAUUCUUAUACAUCUCGGAAGGCUUCGUCCAGCUAGCCCGUCAAAAACGGCCAAGGGCGCUGAUAAUUAUGGCCUAUUAUCUCGUGUUUCUUCAAUACUUUCCAUCUGUCUGGCUGUAUAAAGAUGCCGUUGGGAAAGACAUGGAGAAAAUUGCCGAAUCACUGGGUCCCGCAUGGCACGAAUACUUAUCCUUCCCAAUGGCGGCUGUGCUGAUUGAAGGGGAAUCUUCACUGACCGAGUUUCUUCUUACGCAAGUGCCAAAAGAGCCGAGAACUAGUUUAACAUUGGCUGGCGUUUGUGAUGCUGCAUAUAUGCCAUCAUGAAUGUAACUAUAGGGUUUUCGUCAUUUGCAAUCUGUUUCAGAAUGUGGAUAGAUGCGAGGCCCUUAAUUAGCGGAUGUAGAAUUAAGCGGGUCAGCUGUCAAUCGAGGUAUCUCAAAGGUCGGUCGACAAGAAGUAAAAACGAACAUGCAAUUAGCCAUCAAAUUAAAUACGCCACAAGGGAAUGUGCUACUCGCUUCGGUAGGGAGUUUGGAUAGUUGAGGCCAUAGAGAGACUACCUCACAUCUGUUGAGAUCUUGAUUAAUACUAAAGGAACUUGGUACACAGAGCUUAAACCCCUGAUCGGGUCGACGUGGGAUUCGUCCUUGACGUGCCAGUGCAGGUGAGGUUGUUCUCUAUUUGCCAUGAAACACAUAAUUAGUUCUAGCCCGAAACAUACAACUGAUAAAAGAAAGAGCAACUAAAUACCAUCCGACCCGGUUGAUGAACCAAUCCAG